AGCAGUAUCAUAUCCUGUCUACUUAAAUCCUCUGUCUACCCAUUUUAUAUUGCAGUCAGAUCAUCAACACAUAUGGAGUUCGAAAAUCAUCGAGAACAACUGGUGUUGAGAGACAACCUCGGAGGGAUCAGAAUGAAGACCAACUAUUCUUUAGUUAGUAGCGCCGGCAAAGCGUCGGCGCCGGAGAAUCCGACUAGCCGGAUUGAUUCGUUUCGCGAGCUCGAAAAUGGCGCCCCCAUCACCGCUCCCGCCGACAAGAAGCUGGCUUGGCUCCGCUCUCAGAUCAUCGGUGGUGACGUCGAGUUCGACACGCCGUUCGGGAAGCGCCGCCUCACUUACGCUGAUCACACCGCCUCCGGCCGCUCUCUUCACUACAUUGAGAACUAUAUCAUCAACAACGUCCUUCCAUUCUAUGGCAACAGUCACACUAGUGACAGUUACGUGGGAUACCAGACGACGAAGAUUGUGAAGGAGGCUUCGGAGUACGUGAAGAAAUGCAUGGGAGGAGGGGAAAACGACGCCAUAAUAUUUUGCGGCUCCGGGUCGACGGCGGCGAUCAAACGGCUCCAAGAAGUGAUGGGAAUCGCAGUCCCUUCAAUCAUUAGGGAAAAGUUGGUGGAGUGGUGGGUGGGCAAGGAGGAGGAGAGAUGGGUGGUUUUUGUGGGGCCGUACGAGCACCACUCCAACAUCCUGUCGUGGCGGCAGAGCCUGGCGGAGGUGGUGGAGAUCGGGUUGACCCAAGAUGGGCUCAUAGACAUGGAAGCCUUGAAGCUCAAGCUGGAGUCCUACAAAUCAACCAAUAGGCCGCUGUUAGGCUCAUUCUCCGCCUGCAGUAAUGUCACCGGAACUUACUCCGACACCCGAGCCAUCGCUCGUCUUCUCCAUCGAUAUGGAGCCUUCGCUUGCUUUGAUUUUGCAGCAAGCGGGCCAUAUACGAAGAUUGAUAUGAGAUCAGGGGAAAUUGACGGAUACGAUGCAGUUUUCCUGAGCCCACAUAAGUUUUUGGGUGGGCCAGGGACACCAGGAAUCCUUAUGAUGAGCAAGAUUCUAUAUCAACUAGGAUCUUCACCGCCGUCAACUUGUGGAGGCGGCACCGUCGAUUUUGCCAACCCUUACAGUGAGAAGGAUACAUUAUACGUGGAGAACAUUGAAGAGAGGGAAGAUGCAGGAACGCCGCCCAUCAUCCAGAAAAUCAGAGCAGCGUUGGCGUUUUGGGUGAAGGAAUUGAUAGGGCAGAAGGUGAUAGAGAGAUUGGAGCAUACGUACAUUAAUGAAGCCCUGGAAAGGCUGCUCCCAAACCCAAACAUAUGGGUAUUGGGCAAUGUAACAGCAAAGAGACAGGCUGUCCUGUCUUUCCUAAUUUACACCACCGCCUACUCCUCAUCAGCUGACAUUAAUGGUCAGGACAAACAACUUUAUCUAUGGAGAGAAAGUGGAAACAUGAGAGAUAAGCCUCUCCAUGGCCCUUUUGUUGCCAAGCUACUCAAUGACCUGUUUGGCAUCCAAGCCCGGGGAGGGUGCGCUUGUGCAGGGCCAUAUGGACACAGCUUGCUCAACGUUCACCAAACUCGCUCGCUUGCCUUCAGAUCUGCCAUUCAAAAGGGGUACACAGGAGUAAAGCCAGGGUGGACAAGGAUUAGUUUUCCAUACUACAUGUCAAAAGAAGAAUUUGAGUUUACCAUAGCAGCACUGGAGUUUUUGGCUAUCUACGCCCAGAGGUUCCUUCCGCUUUACAGUUUCAACUGGAAAACAGGGGGGUGGAGUUUCAAGAAGAAGGCACUGAAGGAGACUCUUCUGGGGAAUGGGAAUGGCGUAUUUGAUGGUUCCAUCAUAAAAGAUGAAGGGGCCGGGGGGUUGUCCUUAUCAUCCAAGUAUGCAAAGUACCUGGAGACAGCCAAGUGGAUUGCUAGCCUUCUUCCCAAGUUCCCACCUCAGCAUCCCAUUCCAGAAGAGAUUGAUCCUCACCUCAUACCUUUCCGUCUCUAAUUCCCGCCCAGUUUUGCAGCCUCACAUAAUUGAUUACACUUCUCUUCUCA